GAUAGUGUUUAAGUUUCUAUUCCCCACCGCGUUAAACUAAAUGUAUGGCCCGUUUGGCAACACUAUUAAUUAUUGUGCGACGCGGAAGCUUCAACGCGCGUAAUCAACAUUCCUGUGUUUCUUGCAUAAUCCUUCCGUACUCGUGUAAAGUCCUUGUGUUAGUCUUACUAUUGUGUUUUACCGAGACGUUCGUUUUUAAGUUUAAUAAAGCCUAUGAUCAGUUCCGUUCAAUAGUAGGUUUCCGACAAUUUAUUAAACUUAAAAGAUGGAAGGCAGGUUACUGCGCCCAAAAGAACUAUCAGUAGAUCCUACUUCGCCUGAUGCCGCUACGAUAUUCAAAUACUGGUUACGAACAGUAAAAGACUUUAUUACGACUCUUGAAGAAUCUCAAACUAGCGGACAGACUGCGGUUAACAAAAAAAGAAUCAUUAUCAGUUGCCUUUCCCCAACAAUCUACCCAUAUGUAGAAGAAUGUGAAACGUACGGCGAUAUCAUUGAGAUCCUCAGCAGAACAUUUAUAAGAAGAAAGAAUAAUAUAUAUGCCAGACAUUUGCUCGUUAGCAGACGACAAGUUGUUGGUGAAACGAUCGCUGAAUAUUUACAGCAAUUGAAGAUGCUGGCGAAAGAAUGUGUGUUCACCGACGUCACGAAAGAAAAAUACCGAGAUGAACUAACUAGAGAUGCUUUCAUAAAUGGACUAAAUUCGACGGCAAUACGUCAACGGUUACUCGAGGUGGACGAACUAGAUUUACGAAAGGCACAUGAGCUCGCUGAUAGUCUUGACAGAGCGCAACACUACGCUACUAUGAAUGUGGCCUCUACCUCAACAACGCCACCGUUCACUGCCUCCUUGUCGCAAACUUCAAGAAUUGGAGAAGAUCUCGAAGUAGGUCCACUUGCCCAAGCAACCGCAGUAACUCGUCCUGAUAGAUUUACUUCGAGGAGGCCAUGUCCUUUUUGUGGAGAACCGGACCAUAAACGUACCGUAUGUCCCGCUCGGUAUUCUACUUGUUUUAAGUGCGGGAAGCGAGGCCAUUUUUCCAAGGUAUGCCGAGCUUAUGACCGAGGUCGGGUUUCAACAAUAACUCAAGGUACGUACAGCCGUCCAUAUUUAUCUUCUAUUCUUGCGAGUGCACCCAAUUGUCUGGAGCCAGCAAUAGUAACAGGAACGUUGGCCGGGGCAACGGUGGAUAUAUUGCUAGACACCGGAGCGUCAAAUAACUUUAUUGACAGGGGUACAGCAAGAAAGGCACGUCUAUCGCUUAAUAAAGUAAUAAUGUCUAUAAAUAUGGCAGCAGGGAGUAAUCCCACUAAAACUUUCGGGAGAACCAAAGCCACUCUAUCAUUUCUUGGAAGAAAAUACGUCGACGUCACAUUCGAUAUUAUUGAAGGCUUAUGCGCCGACGUCAUCCUUGGUCAAGAUUUUCUGAAAAUGCACUCAGAAGUUACAUUCAAACUGGGAGGCGAUGCUGAUAAACUAAUCAUUCCUUAUGUGCCAAUGGAGAUCGCCGCUCUUUCGGCUGCAAAGGUAAGCCCUCCACGUUUGUUUGAAUUUAUGGACCGUCACGCUCAACCCUACGCAUCUCGCUCACGGCAAUACAGUCGAGAGGAUCAGGCAUUUAUUCGAUCUGAGGUACAACGGUUGAUUGCUUCGGAUAUUAUUGAAGCCUCUAGGUCCCCUUGGCGGGCACAGGUACUGGUGGUAAAAGAAAGUACAAAGAAAAAGCGAAUGGUAAUUGAUUACUCACAAACUGUAAACCGAUACACACAGUUAGAUGCGUAUCCUCUCCCUAAAAUAGAACAAAUAGUUAACAGCGUUGCGGCUGAUACUUUCUAUAGUUCGUUGGACCUCCGUUCUGCCUAUCACCAGGUCCCUCUUUUAUAUCAUGAAAGACCAUAUACUGCAUUCGAGGCAGAUGGUUGUCUAUAUCAAUACAAGCGACUUCCAUUCGGUGUCACCAAUGGAGUUUCGGCUUUUCAACGUGUUAUUGAUCGCUUUAUAGCUCGCCACCAACUCAAGAAAGUAUAUGCUUAUUUAGAUGACAUUACAGUGACUGGGUCAACGUUACAGGAACAUGAUAAAAACCUAAACGCUUUAUUACAUGCAGCUCAACAAGAUAAUCUUACUUUCAAUGAAGAUAAAUCAAAGUUCCGUGUGACAACACUUGACUUGCUGGGAUACCGCAUAUCAUUUGGAAAUAUUCGACCAGAUCCACAUAGGCUUCAACCUCUUCUACAGUUGCCGCCACCAAAGAGCAGCAAGGAACUUAAACGAAUAGUCGCCAGUCUCGGUGCCAUUCAAGAUGAUCUCCCCUUCGAAGUAGAAAGUGAUGCAUCCGAUUAUGCGAUCGCUGCGAUACUGUCUCAAAAUGGGAGGCCAGUUGCAUUUAUGUCCAGAACGCUCAAUUCCACGGAAAGACACUACCCCGCGGUGGAAAAGGAAGCAACGGCGAUCGUCGAAGCUGUACGAAAAUGGUCGCAUUUUCUAAAAGGAAGAUCGUUUUCCUUAAUAACAGAUCAGCGUUCCGUCGCCUUUAUGUUUGAUCAGAAGAACCGAGGUAAAAUAAAAAAUUCUAAAUUGCUUAUGUGGAGACUUGAACUUAGUCAAUAUGACUAUAAAAUACGCCAUAAGCCUGGGAUAAGCAAUGUAGCCCCGGACACAUUCUCUCGUGUUUGUUCUCAUGUAAAUUCUCGACAAGACCUUUGCUUACUUCAUAGAAGCUUGGGUCAUCCAGGUUUUGCUCGUUUUUAUCAUUUUAUAAAAGGUCGUAAUCUUCCAUUUACCUCCGAAGAAACUAAGCAGGUGUGUCGCAGUUGCCAAACAUGUGCGGAAGUCAAGCCACGUUUUUACAAACCUCAAGAAGGAACUUUGGUCAAGUCUAUACAGCCAUGGGAGAGGUUAAGUAUAGAUUUUAAAGGUCCAGUUAGAGGUAGAAAUCCAUACCUACUAAUUGUGGUUGACGAAUACAGUAGAUAUCCAUUUGUUUUUCCCUGUAAAAGCCUCUCAUCUACAGUUGUAAUUGAGUGUUUGUCCCAACUUUUCUGUUUAUUCGGUUUUCCUGCUUAUAUACACAGUGACAGAGGAGCAUCGUUCGUGAGCAAAGAAACAAAAGAGUUUUUAUUUAAACGCAACAUAGCUACCAGCACGUCAACCCCAUAUCAUCCAAAAGGGAACUCUCAGUGUGAACGUAUCAAUCAGACAAUAUGGCGGACUAUAAAACUAAUGUUACACGACCAAAGUCACCGGGAGGAUCAAUGGGAAGAUGUGUUACCCGAAGCUCUACAUGCUGUUCGGUCACUAUUAUGUACCAGUACAAAUUGCACUCCUCACGAAAGACUGUUUACCUUUUCGAGACGUUCCAUGACCGGAACAUCUAUGCCAACAUGGCUUCUCUCUCCGGGACAGGUGCUACUUCGACGGUACGUCCGUAGCAAAGGAGAUCCAUUAUGUGAUCAAGUGGAGCUACUAAAUGCUAACAAUUCCUAUGCCAACAUACGUCACAAUGACGGCAGAGAGUCGACAGUCUCAACUUCGGACCUCGCCCCAUGUCCGUCGCCAACACACAAUAACUCCAACCAAGAAACUACCGGAGUCUCAACUUCGGACCUCGCCCCAUGUCCGUCGCCAACACACAAUAACUCCAACCAAGAAACUACCGGAGAUUUUCAAGAGCCAUUAAACGACAGCUGUCGGUCUGUUGAAGAUUCAGACCAACCUCCAAUUCGUCGAUCAACUCGUACGCGAAAACCUCCAGUUCGGUACGGAGAUUGGGCCUCUUAGCGUGAAUUUUGUGUUAAAUUAAAAAUAUAUGCCUUCAUGUUAAUUUAGUAGGGGAGAUUGUGAUAGUGUUUAAGUUUCUAUUCCCCACCGCGUUAAACUAAAUGUAUGGCCCGUUUGGCAACACUAUUAAUUAUUGUGCGACGCGGAAGCUUCAACGCGCGUAAUCAACAUUCCUGUGUUUCUUGCAUAAUCCUUCCGUACUCGUGUAAAGUCCUUGUGUUAGUCUUACUAUUGUGUUUUACCGAGACGUUCGUUUUUAAGUUUAAUAAAG